UCCUGCCAUCCUGGGGCUGGGGGCAGAGAGAAGGGUCUCUGAUGGGCAGCGAAAGGUACCAGGGUGCCGGGCAGCCUAGGACUGAGCCUUCCUGGCCUGUCGGAGCCCCCGAGCCUGAGAAACUGUCUCCCGCGUGGGGUGUUGGUCUCGCCCAUCCUCUGCCUCCAGCACCCAGGGCGACCGCAGAUGGCAGUGUCCCUGGGGACGGCAGCUGCGACUGAGUCCGCGGGCCGGCGCUGAGCGGCUCAGGCCACAGCGGCGUGCUCAGCGCAGACCCCCAGAGCAGGUGCCUGCCAGCAGUGAGCCAAGGCAGCCGUGAUGCCCCACUUCCUGGACUGGUUCGUCCCCGUCUACCUGGUCAUUUCGGUCCUCAUCCUCGUGGGCUUCGGUGCCUGCAUCUACUACUUCGAGCCCGGCCUGCAGGAGGCGCACAAGUGGCGCAUGCAGCGCCCCCUGGUGGACCGCGACCUCCACAAGACGCUGAUGGUCCGCGACAACCUGGCCUUCGGGGGCCCGGAGGCCUGAGCUGACCCAAGGGCCGGGGGCAGGAGGCACCACCUGCCCUCCCUCCCCACCCAACCUAGACACCCUGGGGCGGAGGGAGAUGACCCCUGGUCCACCAGGCUCAACCCCUGAGGCCUGCGCCCGCCCAGCAGUGGCCUCUGGGUGCUCCGGGAGCUAAGGAGGGAUGGGGAACCUGGGGGCCUGGCCCGUCGCUGCUGUGGGCCCAGGAGCUGCUCGCCACGUCAAGCCGGCUUACCCCAUGCCUGUCUGCCCCGGCUCUGGGGACACUCCCCACUCGCUCCCAGUGCCUUUGUGCUACCUGGCACCCUGCAGCCCCUGCAGCCCCUGCUUGUCCUGAGCCUCCAGAGCUCCCUGGGCCCCACUGUACACUCAGCUCCCUACUUGGCUCAGCACCACCCUGCAGCUCCAUGGCGGGCGGGCUCCCAAGCUGAUCUGAGGUAGAAACACCCUGUGGAGGAGGCCAGUGCCCAGCCAAGCCCCCUCCCUGGCCCUGGGCCUGGAGUGUGUGAGUGUGUGGGGUGAGCAGUGGGCCCAGACAGCAGGGAGGAGGGGUGUGGGUGUGAGAGAGAAACUUUGGGGCAAG